AUGACGACAGAGGCAUGCCAUCUGUUACCUCUAUCAGAUGCUGCAGAUAUUCCUUUAUGUAACGUUACGACACACAGGCACAAACGUUCGCGUUCUCGUCUCAUCAGUGUAGGUGUUGGAAUCAUAAGUAUGGGUCUAUCUAUGGCAAAUAGCAUACAACUGCUAAAUCUUCAAGAACAGGUUGAAAUGAUUGAAAACACUCUAUCAGAAUUCUCGCAAACGAUUCAAAUACAUGAAGCAAAACUAGCAAAAAUUCAACCAAACCAGAUCAAAAUUGCAGAGCAACUUCAAGUAACACAACAUGCCAUUAACGAUAUCAUAGCUGUUCUAGAUUCGCAUUCACAGGCUCUGAAUACGCUUAAAACUGGCAUUGAACGAUUACACAUCAAUUUCCAACGCUCCUUCAUCUACUUAGCAAUAACCCAGACCUUUCGUAAUCAACUCACUUUGAAUUUUUUAUCACCAGAUGAUCUGCAGAAAGUAGUAUACCACAUUAUUGAUCAAUGA